CACAACAGCCAUGCACAAGCUCCUCGUCAACACGUCGGAGCUCAACCCACACUUCGUGUGCACGCUGUGCGAUGGGUACUUUCGCCAGCCUUACACGAUCCGUGAGUGCAUACACACUUUCUGCAAGAGCUGCAUCUUCAAGUACAUCGUGUCCGGCGUGAGCAACCAAUGUCCAAUCUGCCAGCUCGAAUUCGGGACGUAUCCCUUGUCCGGGACCAAGACGAAACCUCCUCAGAUCGUCCAAGACCACGUUAUGGAAGGUCUCGUACGGAAGCUGUUUCCUCACUUGGACCCCCAAGACAAAGCCGACGAGGAAGCGUUCUACGAAAAACUGAAGUUCAAAGCUCGGAGCGAAUCCACCGUGACCCAUGGCAAGGAAGCCAAGUUCAAGCGGAUGGGUGGUGCCCUUGUUAAGAUGGUCAUGCGGCCAGUAAAGAGCACCCUCCGCGCCACGGGAACUCCGCCGCGAACCAAAGACCUCACGUUCUACUGGGAGCUCCCGGACAAGAAUAGAGUGCGGGCCGGUGGAAUCCUGUUACAUGACGAUGUUGAUGAGUAGGUGUCGGACCUGAAGAUCUGUUUGCGUAAGUUCUUGUCCAAGAAGAAUGUUGUGAUGGAAUUGGGCGAGAUUCAAAUCCGGUGCGAGGACAAGACCUUGGGCAAAGAACAUUCGCUCGAGUUCAUCCAGCGCACGAUUUGGCACCCGAAGAAAGCACCCAUCUUGAUGGAAUAUCGUCGCGUGGACGCUACGUCCAAGACCCUCGACACCUACGGCGGCCCCAAAGCUGAAUGCGACAUUUAAUAUUUAACUCGACUUGCAACAUCCAUGUGGCCAUCGUCUAUUCACCUUGGAUGAAGGGCAUGUGUGGCGUGCAUCUCUCAAC